CACUUUAUCUUCUCUCUCCUUUUGUUCCUCUGCAAUUUCGAGGUCAAUCUGCAGACUGUGGCAGCAGCUGGUUCUCUUGCAAUGGCUUCAAUUUGUGGCUUAAACAGGGCGCGAGCCCUCCCCUCUUUGCUUCCAGUUCAAAUCCCCAAACCUGCAUUCUCCCCCAAUGCUUUAAUUCUACCAAAAUCUUCGCAUUCCUGUUUCCAUGGCAUGCGUCUCUCUAAUCAGUCAACGACUUCAAUUCCUGCUUCAUUUUCUACCGUCGGUGGCCUCUCCAUUGCCGCCGCCAAGGGAAGCGGUUGUUUGUUUUCUGAAUCUGUGAAGGUUUCGGAAGGUACGUUGGCGCCGGAUUUUACAUUGAAGGAUCAAAAUGGGAAGAGUGUGAGCCUUUCUAAAUUCAAAGGCAAGCCUGUGGUUGUCUAUUUCUACCCUGCUGAUGAAACCCCUGGCUGCACCAAAGAGGCGUGUGCCUUCCGGGAUUCCUACGAGAAAUUUAAGAAAGCCGGGGCUGAGGUUGUUGGCAUAAGCGGCGACGAUUCGUCAUCUCACAAGGCGUUUGCUGAAAAAUACCGGCUACCGUUUACCCUAUUGAGCGACGGGGGUAACAAGGUUCGAAAAGAGUGGGGCGUUCCUUCUGACUUGUUCGGGUCCCUGCCCGGAAGGCAAACCUACGUCCUCGAUCAGAACGGAGUUUGUCGACUCGUCUACAACAAUCAGUUUCAACCCGAAAAACACAUCGACGAGACGUUGAAGUUUCUCAAGAGCCUUUGAGGCCUACAAGGUAGGAUCCGGAGCUUAGUUUUUGUCGUCGUCGUAAUAGUCUUGGCUGGUGUACGGGCUGAAUGCCUCAGCGAUCCAGCUGUUCUUCCUUCGGGAACUCCAUCCCAUCUCUUCGCAGAUUUCGUCGGUAUGGUUUAUGCUAAACGUCGAAAUGCAGCUGCGCUUGUAGAAUCGCGUCGACGCUUUCAUGAUCUCCAUCUCCCGCGUGAUUUGUUCGAGCAUUUUGUCAACACUCGGGAGCUUGAACUUUCCGCCGACGAGCCUCGACAGCCACUUGCAUCGCAUCUCGGCCGUGUGCAGAUUCGAGACGCUCUCGAUGUAUCCGACGAACGCCAUGUUCGGUAUGAGCGGAUUUAUCGUACCCCUGCCCCAAUUUUCGACGUAAUUCUGAUGAUCGUCUCAUCUAAAAGUUUAUUUCAA